AUGAGUUCAACAACAUCCUGGUCACUUAGGAGUUCAUCCCCAAAUCCUGCGUUCGGAAUUGUUAGCAUCGGUAGAUCGUUCGGAAUUGAUAGCAUCGAUAGCUCGUCAGGAAUUGAUAGCAUCGAUAGUUCGUCCGGAAUUAAUAGCAUCGAUAGUUCGUCCGGAAUUAAUAGCAUCAAUAGUUCGUCCGGAAUUGAUAGCAUCGAUAGUUCGUCCGGAAUUAAUAGCAUCGAUAGUUCGUUCGGAAUUGAUAACAUCGAUAGUUCGUCCGGAAUUGAUAGCAUCGAUAGUUCGUUCGGAAUUGUUAGCAUCGGUAGAUCGUUCGGAAUUGAUAGCAUCGAUAGCUCGUCAGGAAUUGAUAGCAUCGAUAGUUCGUCCGGAAUGAAUAGCAUUGAUAGUUCAUUCGGAAUUGAUAACAUCGAUAGUUCGUUGGGAAUUAAUAGCAUCGAUAGUUCGUCCGGAAUUAAUAGCAUCGAUAGUUCGUACGGAAUUGAUAGCAUCGAUAGCUCGUCAGGAAUUGAUAACAUCGAUAGUUCGUCCGGAAUGAAUAGCAUCGAUAGUUCCAGUUUUUCAUUUUUCUUAUUUCAUAUUUCUCAUUCUACCCUCUUCACGCGUGAGCAACGGAGAUCGCCAAGACACAUUUUCGGUGUUACUGCCUUUCUUUUUAAUAAAGAAUCAGUGAGUGCCAGAGUUUAUAGAGUUCAACAGCUUGUACCCGAUGACCCUCGACAAACACAGCAUCGCAGUCGUUCGUUUCUCCACAGCGAGCCGACCACCAGCCAUCCACCCACCCCUACUACCCCAAAACGCAGGCUCGGCACUUCCGGCCUGCGCACUUGUUCCUCUGAUGACGACGGCCUCGGGUUGAGUAGCGUCUUGCAUGACAGGAGUGGCCUCGCCAUGACAAACCUGACCGUCCUCUCACCACAGGCGCCUUCCGCUGAUCAUGCAAAUGCGGAUACGGUUAUUGCAGUAAAGGGAAAAUUAGACAAAUCUCUCCCUCUCUUUCUCUCUCUCCAUCUUUUUUUUUUUCUCUCUCUCUCUCUCUCUCUCUCUGUCUCUCUCUCUCUCUCAUUCUAUUCUCUCUUUUUCUUUCUCUUUCUCUCUCUGUUUCUUUUUCUCCCUCUCUGUUACCCCCGCUUUAUUUCUCUUUCUGUCUCUAUUUUUAAACCACUCUCUCUCUCUUUUUCUGUCUCUCUUUUUAACACACUUUCUCUCUUUCUCAUUCUCUUUCUCUCUCUCUCUCUUUCUCAUUCCCUUUCUCACUUUCUCUUUCUCCCUCACUAUUUCUCUUUCUGUCUCUCUUUUUCUCGCACUCUCUAUCUCUUUCUCAUUCCCUUUCUUUCUCCCUAUUUCCCCCUUUCUAUUUCUCAUUCUCUCUUUCUCUUUAUCACUUUGUCAUUCUCUCUCUCUCUCUCUCUCUCUCUCUCUCUCUCUCUCACUCUCUUUCUCUCCCUCAUUCAUUCACUCUACUUGUUCUCCUCUCCAAGAAGUGUUUGA